AAAAAAAAAACCCAAGAGCGGGAAGAUAGAGAAGAGAUUGAGAAAUGAGGCAUUGCUCUCAUCGUUAUCUCUAUCUGUUAUUGCUAGCUCUCUUUGUGAGCUUUGCUGCUAAUUGCAAUGGAGGAAAGACUAGUUCUUUUGUUAGGAAGGGGAAGAAGUCUAUUGACAUGCCUUUAGAUAGUGAUGUCUUCAGAGUUCCUCCUGGUUACAAUGCUCCUCAACAGGUUCACAUAACUCAAGGAGACCUUCGCGGUACUGCAAUAAUUAUAUCAUGGGUUACCCAGGAUGAGCGUGGCUCUAGUAAAGUCCUUUAUGGCACAUCAGAAGACAGCCUCGAGUUUUCGUCUAAAGGCAGAGUUACUCGCUAUACGUUCUAUAACUACACUUCAGGGUUUAUCCAUCACUGCACUCUCCAAAAAUUGAAGCAUAACACGAAGUAUUACUAUGAGGUUGGUAUUGAUCAUUCACCAAGGAGAUUCUGGUUCAUAACUCCUCCUGAAGUUGGUCCUGAUGUUCCUUAUACAUUUGGCAUAAUAGGGGAUCUCGGGCAGACUUAUGAUUCCAAUAGCACACUCACUCAUUAUCAGAUGAACCCGAUGAAAGGCCAAACUGUUUUGUUCGUUGGUGAUCUCUCCUAUGCAGAUGAUCAUCUGAAUCAUGAUAAUGUGAGAUGGGAUACUUGGGGCAGGUUCGUCGAGAGGAGCACUGCGUAUCAGCCUUGGAUUUGGACCGCAGGGAACCAUGAGAUUGAUUUUGCUCCUGAACUUGGUGAGACUGAGCCAUUUAAGCCAUAUAGACACAGAUAUCAUGUUCCCUACAAAGCUUCUGGAAGUACAUCUCCAUUCUGGUACUCGAUCAAGCGAGCCUCAGCACACAUCAUUGUUCUUGCAUCUUAUUCAGCUUAUGGUAAAUAUACUCCUCAGUAUGAGUGGCUUGAAGCCGAGCUACCAAAAGUUAACAGAAGUGAAACACCAUGGCUAAUUGUUCUCUUGCAUUCACCAUGGUAUAAUAGUAACAACUACCAUUACAUGGAAGGAGAAUCCAUGAGAGUAAUGUUUGAAUCUUGGUUUGUAAAAUACAAAGUUGAUGUCGUGUUCGCAGGUCAUGUCCAUGCCUAUGAGCGCAGUGAGCGAGUAUCAAACAUUGCAUACAACAUUGUGAAUGGAGAAUGUAUGCCAACUCCUGAUCCCUCUGCACCAGUGUACAUAACUAUCGGCGAUGGAGGAAACAUUGAGGGACUUGCCACCAACAUGACAGAACCACAGCCCAAAUACUCUGCAUACAGAGAAGCAAGCUUCGGUCAUGCCAUUUUUGAGAUAAAAAACAGAACUCAUGCCUACUACAGCUGGCGCCGAAAUGAUGAUGGUUAUGCAGUAGAAGCUGAUUCGAUGUGGUUUUAUAAUAGGUUUUGGUAUGCGGUGGAUGAAUCUAAUUAAUCUUUUUCAUGAUGGUGUAUGUGUAGUUUUUCUUCUUCUUCAGAAGUUAAAGAUUGCUUCUUAAAUUCACAGGCAUCGUCCUCACGUUUCAGUUGGGGUUCCUGUAAAUGAGUUUUUGCUCGAACAUUUGUAUCGUCAUAUAAGUCAAUAAAGAUCCUUUCGUAUCU